AUGGACUCGACCGUCGAUGCGGACGGUACGGCGUUCAUUUGUCCUGAAUGCAGCUUCAAUGGAAAGAGCUUGCCAGAAUUAAUUAGCCAUUUGAAUGAAGCACACAGUGAAGAAACUGCUAGUAAAAGUGAAGCACCACCAAAAAAUGCUUCAUCGUUACUACAACCUGAAAAACAACGAUCCCGACAUUCUAAUCAAUUUUUCAAUCGUAUUUCUACAUCAGAUAAAAAUCCAACAAGAUUUAUUUCAACUAUAAUAGAUGAUUCAUCCAUACCUGUCAUCAGUGAUGAAAAUACAAACAUUAAUGUCAUUUCAAAAGAUCCAUCAAAUUUAAUUAAUAUUUCUAAACGAAAUCCAAAUGUACUUCAUUCUAUUCUAAGUCAACAACGACCAAUAGCACCUAAAAAUGGAUCACCAACAGCAACAAAAGUCACACCCAUCUCUUCACCAUCAUUAUUACCUAUAAUAAAUUCUUCACCAAAUACAGAUAAUUCAUUUUAUUCACCAACAAAUCAAUCAAUGCAACCAUAUAAAAAAAAUUUUCAAUGUAAAAUGUGUCGUUUAACUUAUAAAAAUUUUCAUGAUUGUACAGCACAUAUACGUAAAAAACAUGAAAUAAGUCAUUCACAAGCUGGCCGUUUUGUUGAUAAACUUGAUGCUGAUGUACCAUUACCACCAUCAGCAACAGGAAAUUAUAAAUUUCGUGUUAAAGUUAAAUCAUUACCACCACAACAAACAAAUUCAGCGUCAGUAAUAAGACGUACAUCAUUAACACCAGUAAUAAAUGAUGAAUCAACAAAAAUUUUACAAUGUAAAUAUUGUUUAUUUACAAGUCAUUGGUCAAAAGAAAUCAUAAAACAUCAACGUACAAUACAUCCUAAUUAUCCACCACAUAUUUUACAAAAAGAUUAUUUACAUCAAGAUAAUAAAAUUCAUCAACAUGAUGAUGAUGAUGAUGAUGAUAAUGAUAAUGAUGGUAUAUCAGCACUUUUAAUUGAUCCAGUACGAGCUUUUGGUGAAGUUAUUGAUAGUAUUGAUAAUACGAAUGGAAAUGAUUAUGAUGAUAUGGAAAGUCAAGAUGAACAUUCAAUGAUCGAACAUGAUAUUGAUGAUGAUGAAGAAGAUGCUCUUUGGAAAUAUCAACAAGAAAUAAAUGAUUUAUCAGAAUCAGAUAUGACAGCAACAGUUAAUAAUGAUAACAAUCAUUCAAAUCAUUUAUUUAUUCAACGAUUUAAAAAAUUUCGUUGUCCACAUUGUGAACAUUCAUCACCAACAUUAACAAAACUUAAACUUCAUGUUGCAACACAUAUUAAUAUCAAACCAUUUAUGUGUUCAAUAUGUGGUUGGCGAGCAAAUCUUCGUUGGUAUAUUCAGUGUCAUGCUAAAAAACGUCAUCCAAAUAUGAAUUUUGAUGUUUUACAAUUAUCUCAUGAAGAAGCUGAACAAACAAUAAAUGCUUAUAUGAAAGAACGUGGUCUUGAUACAAAAUUUAAUAUCAAUGGUCAAGAUUCAAAACGUAAUUAUCAAUGUUCAUUAUGUCAAUUUCGUUCCAAUCAUCCAAAAUUUAUUGAACAACAUAUUCAUAUAAAUCAUCCAAAUAAACCAUAUACAAAAAUGAUUAUUAAUAAAAAAAUACCGCAACAACAAAUAAAUAAAACAAAUUCAUUUUUACAAACAAAUGGUAUUAAUCAAAUAAAACAAAAUCAUACAAAUGAACAUGAUGAUCAAAUUUAUUCAAAAUUUAUGAUAAAACCACCAACAAAAAUAAAUUAUCAAAAAUCAAAUGGUGAUUAUCAUGAUGAACAAAAUAAAUGUGAAAUGAAAUCACAAACACUUUAUAAUCGUUCAAGUUUAAUACAAGCUGAUGGUACAGUACUUUUACCUGAUCCAUCACAAAUUGUUUAUUCAAAUUUUUCUUCACAUGCAAAUUAUAAUCCAAAUCGUUUAUUUUAUUGUGCAUUAUGUUUUCGUGGUUAUCGUUGGCGUUAUGAUGUUAAACGUCAUCAUAAAACAAUGCAUGAAACACCUGAAAAUGACGUUGCUAUGGGUUUAUCAAUGAGUCCAAAAUCAAUAAAACGUCGUAAUAAAGAAUUUAAUAAAAAUUUUCGUUAUUUAGAAUAUGUACCACAAUUAGAUGGUCUUAUAUCAGCAUCAAUGUCAAGUGUAAAUAAUCAUUUUAUGUUAAAACAAGAAAAUGGUAUUGAUGAAGAAAGUAUGUUAGCUGGUGUAACAGACGAUGAUGAUGAUGGCAUUGGUGGUAGUAGUGGUGAAGGUCAACAAAGUCAAGAUAAUGAUCUUAAAUUAAGUAUUGCUGAUGCCCGUAGUGUUGAUGUAACAGAAGAUGAAGCAGCAGCUUUAUUAAUGAUUGAACCACAUAGAUCAGAUAAUAGUUCACUUAUUGUUGAUGAUCAUCCAGAUGAUUCGAUAAUUAUAUUUGAAGAUGAUCGACAAAAUUUAUUUGAACCAAAAGAUAAAAGUUUAUUAAUGCCAAAUGAAACAACAAAAAUAUCUGUUCGUACACCAACAGGUUUUAAACCAUAUCGUUGUCCAUAUUGUUUUUAUCGUACAAAUUGGCGUACAGAUUCUUUACGACAUAUACGAGCACGACAUAAAAUUGAACCACAUCAAGAUGGUUAUUAUGAAAUGACAUCGGAAGAAGCUGAACGUACAUAUGAAGAAUAUGAACGUACAUUUGGUUUUGUUGUUUCAAAAAAAGUUUUAGGACGUUUUACUGAUUUUCGUCAUAUUGAAUGGAAAGAUUUACAAAAAUCUAUUUGGAAUAAAAUUAAAGAUAAACAAGGUUAUGAACAAAUUAUAUAUGAUCGUCUUCGACCAGAUGAUUAUUCUGAAAUAACAAAAAUUCAUUCAGAUGUUUCAUUAAAACCAAUCACAACACCAGUAUUAUAUAAAACACCAAUAAUAAAAGCAAAACGAAUGUUUACUUGUAUGGAAUGUGCAUUUCGUUCAAAUAAACUUGUUGAAUUAGAUAAACAUAUUUGUGCAAGAAUUCAAAAAUCUCAACAAGAAAAACCGCAUGGAAAAUGUCUUGUUUCACUUUAUCAAUGUACAAAAUGUUCAUAUCGAACAAUAAAUAAUAAUUAUGCACGAAAACAUAUUUAUUUACACCGAUUAAAAAAUAAAAAAACUAAAUAUUUUUAUUAUUGUUCAUUUUGUGGUUAUAAUCAUUGUCAACGAAAUAGAAUAAUUGUACAUAUUGCUCAACAUCAUUCAAUGAAAAAUACAUUAACAACAACCAUUCCUUGUCUAUAUAAUUCUGAUGCUGAUUUUUCAAUUAAACAAAUUCAUUUACGUCGGUCAUUUAUUGAACGUCAAUUAAAUAAUGAUAAAACAAAUAAAACUCGAGUUUUUUAUUGUACUAAUUGUCCACAUGUAUCAACAUCAAUAUUAGAAUAUAAUCAUCAUCAAUUGUGUCAUAAAGAAAAUCCAUUAAAUUUAUAUAAAUGUAAUCGUUGUUCAUUUUCAUCAAAUUCUUUAUUGUAUACACGUCAACAUAAUUUAUUACAUUCAAAAUCAAGUCGAUUAUUAUCGCUCUAUAUUGAUACAAAAAAUUUGAAACAUCUUUCUGUUUCAACAAUUUUUCAAGAAACUCUUGGUAAAUAUCAUCGUUAUCAUUGUCCAUUUUGUAAAAAAUUUUCAUCUGGUACAUCAUCAUUAGUUGUUGAUCAUAUUAAAAAUACUCAUACUAGUAACAGUAAUCAAUUUGAUGAUAGCUUAAUAAUCGGCUCGGACAUGGUCAAAGAAAUACUUGGAUUGGGAGGUAAAAAAUUUUGA